UUCCUUGCUGACUGGGAUGUCAUGAAUUUUACAUUCCAUGUGCCUCACCCCAUCAUGAACAGUUCUAAAUGGCUUCAGAGUAUCCUCUCCUAUUUUGCAGGAAAGAAUUUCUUUUUUCUUUGCCAAACCAUGUUGAAUGACAGCUUGGCCAUGCGACAGCACUUCAACCAAUUUCACUACUUUACACAGUACAUUGAAGUGUGGCUUUUGAGCAAGGAAAUUGAAGAAGAACUUGUCCAACUUCUGAUAGGUGGUGUAUGCCUCAAAUUCGUCUUUGUGAUACUUCUGAAUUUGAGUCGAAAGAGCUUCAAUCUAUUGUUUGGCUGGAUCACACUCAUCUGCAGCACACUAGCAGUUUGGCUAACAUUCUCUCGAAUUUCCGAGAGGCAUCAUCAGGCUGAAGGGCCAUAUGUCUUGGUUCAAGGCAUCACUAGUUGGUACUUCAAGAGACAUCUUUUCAAAAAGUUUCAGAAAAAGGAAAACCGAGGUGGAAAUAAACAGAAUAGAAGAUGCCCCCGAAAUUGUUGUCGCUUCGUGUGUCUUACAUGACAUAUUUCUGAUUGCUGGGGAUGACGUCUAUGAAUUCUUGGAAGAUGGCUACGAUGGUGAUGAUGAUGAUGAUGCUGUUGGCGAUGAUGAAUUUCUCCCAGAGACAGAAGGAAAUGACAAAAGAAAAAUCAAAUAAUGUGAAGUCUUCCAUGAACUGUUAACGUGUAUUGAAGAGAAUCUAAAAUGAACUGCUAAGAGUAAAUAUUAUUUUGUUGUAACGUAUAAAGUUUACUUCUGAACUAGGGC